AUGGUUUCCUCUCUCUAUAUCGCGGGUUCGCUACUUGCCUCUCUCAUACCAAGCAAUGCCAAAUAUCAAUAUUCAAACUCCAGCAUUCCAUCCACAAACCUCUACCCCACCGACUCUUGGACAUCAGGCCAAGUCGGCAUUUCUUACACAACCCAACUCCCCGACACAGAACUCACUACCAUCCUGCAAGAGAUCGAUCCGUUAAGAAUCCAAGCCAUCAUCGAGAAACUCGUUUCAUUCGGCACGAGACAUACUUUGAGCACACAAACAGAUCCAGGGAGAGGGAUUGGGGCUGCUAGAGAUUGGCUUUUGGGGCAGUAUAAGGGGUUUGCUGAGGAGAGUGAGGAGCGGAUGGAGAUUGAGUUGCAGAGUUAUGUGCAGGGUGUUGCGAAUCGGAUUAGUUUUCUGGCGAAUAUUAGCAAUGUUGUUGCGACGUUGAAGGGGAGUGGUGAUCCGGAAAGGAUUGUUGUUAUAAGUGGGCAUUAUGACUCGAGAAACACGGAUGUGAUGAACUUCGUUGACGAUGCUCCAGGUGCUGACGAUGAUGCAUCCGGUGUAGCCAUCUCGCUAGAGCUCACCCGUGUAAUGGCCAAACACCGCCCGACAGCAACAAUAAUAUUUGCCGCUGUAGCAGGCGAAGAACAAGGUCUCUACGGCAGUACCUAUCUCGCCCAACUCCUAUCCAACCAUUCGGCAAACGUCGAAGGAAUGUGGACCAACGACAUAGUGGGCUCACCCGUUGGCGACGACGGCAAGAACCACUCGAAUAUCGUCCGUCUCUUUGCCCAAGGCGUUCCUACCACCGAAACCAGCACUCGAGCCUCGCAACGUCUAAGUAUUGGUGGAGAAAAUGACUCUCCGGCUAGACAACUUGGAAGAUUCACGAGAGAUGUGGCUAGUAACAAUGUGACUGGUAUGAACGUCGAGCUCAUAUAUCGAGCAGACCGCUACCUUCGAGGAGGAGACCAUAUGCCUUUCCUCCGCGCUGGCUACCCUGCCGUCCGCUUUACCGAACCUCGAGAGAAUUUCGCGCAUCAGCAUCAAGAUGUUCGUGUUUCGAAUGGGAUGCAGUUUGGUGAUCUGCCUGAGUUUUGUGAUUUUAAUUAUAUAGCGAGAGUUGGGAGAGUAACUGGUGCGGCGGUGUGGAGUUUGGCUAUGGCGCCUGAUAUGCCGAAGAAUGUUACGAUUGAUGCGAAGGAGUUGACGAAUGAUAGUGAGCUGAGGUGGGAGAAGGUUGUGGGAGCGAAGGGAUAUGAGGUUCUGUGGAGAGGGACGAGUGAGAGGGAUUGGGGGAGCGUGUUGGAGGUUGGAGAUGUGAGCGGAGCGAGGAUUGGGGUUAGUAAGGAUAAUAUGAUUUUUGGGGUUAGGAGUGUUGGGAGUAACGGGUAUAAAAGUCCUGCCGUAUUUCCAUUUCCUGGUUGA